AUGCCCUGCUGUAGCCUCCUGCUCCGAUUGCGAAGUGGAGACGGAUCUUGGGCCGAGGCGACCGUGGCUCCCUUGGCCGGGCUAGAGCACCGCGCUGUCGGAUUCCUUUCCCCUGGAAACAUGGAGGCUGCGGCCGCGGAGCUGCAGGCCGGCUCUCGGAUCCCCGUCACCAUCGAUCAGAUCAUUAACGACACUUUGGUGGUGACUCUGAGCUUCAGAGAGAAGAGCUUCACCGGGAUAUUACUGGACUGCAACAAGAAGACUGGCCUCUUCUGUGUCCCAGACGUCACCAAAAACGGGGACUACUCUCUUUCCAAACCAGUGUGUGACGUGGCAGAGGUACUGGGCUCUUCUGAGGAGCCUGUUUCCAAGUCUCCGAGCCAAGAUUCAGAUCAAAGACCAAAGGACGAGAACUCCAUCCCGGACAACGACCCAGCAUGUGCCCUGGUCCCGGUUCCCACUCCAGUGCCAGCGGGACAGCCUCCUUACCCUCCUUAUUUUGAAGGAGCACCUUUUCCUCAGCCUCUAUGGGUUCGGCACAGCUACAGCCAAUGGGUCCCGCAACCUCCUCCUCGGCCAAUGAAACGCAAGAGGAGGCGAGGGAGGGAACCGGGGCGAAUGACCAUGAGCACGAUACGUCUGCGUCCCCGACAGGUGCUGUGUGAAAAGUGUAAGAAUAGUGUAAAUAACAGCGACGAAGAUAGCAAGGACGGGGUUAGCAACAAGUCAUCCCGGAAGGAAAAUGCACUACAGAGCGACGAAGAUGCGGAAGAGAAGGAGCUAGCCUCAAAGCUAGCUAGAAAAGAGGAGGUAGUGGGGAACAAGGACACUAGAAGACGAGAAAAUGGCGCAACACUCGAAAGCAAAAGGCUAAGAAGGGACAAAAGGGCCGAACCGGAAACGGAAAAGUUCCCAAAUAGUGACAUUAUCCCACAUAGUCCUGUUAUAAAGAUAUCAUACAGCACUCCUCAAGGAAAGGGCGAGGUCAUGAAGAUCCCGUCGAGGGUGCAUGGGUCCGUCAAGCCUUUCUGUCCCAAGCAACUCGUUCCGAACGGACUGGGAGGCGAAAACGGGAAAGUGCUAACAACCAAGGAGCAGAGGCAUAUUUUAGACGCCACUCGAUCAGGCCUAACUGUGUCCAUUCCUAAACUGAAGCUAACCCGGCCCUACACCACCGUGGGCCAGGAUUUGCCUUCUCCAAAAAUACGUUUGAGACCUCCGCAGAGGGAAGGCGAAGACGGCGUGGUGGAAUACGAAGCGGCGAUAGUGGACGGGACAAUGAAAACGCAGGCCACUAGCGGCUCGUGUUUGCCCCACUCAGAGGACUCCGGAGAGGGCAAGAACUCGCUGGAGCUGUGGUCUGGGAGUUCCGGGGAGGAGGGCGAUAGAGGACACAACGAUUUGACUCUUUUGAUAAAUUUCCGUAAGCGUAAAGCGGAUUCGUCCAGUUUGUCCGUGUGCAGUAGCGACAGUCUAGAUGAGGCCAAGUCUUUUAGCUCAGAAGGAACCUCCCCAGAACUUUGCGAUCUUGCCCCGGGGGAGGAUCUCUCGGUCACUUCUUCUGUUCCGACGCGGGACGGGUGCAAGACGGUCCCGCCGCUCACGGUCCGCCUGCACACACGCAGCAUGACCAAGUGCGUCACAGAGGAAGGACACGCCGUUGCCGUGGGAGACAUUGUUUGGGGAAAGAUCCACGGCUUCCCCUGGUGGCCGGCUCGCGUGCUUAGCAUUAGUGGGACGCACAAACAGGAAACGGCCACUUGUGAAGCGCAGUGGCCUCAAGCAAAAGUGUCGUGGUUCGGCUCGCCCACCACGUCGCAGCUGUCCGUUGCCAAAUUGUCGCCGUUCAGAGAGUUUUUCAGGUCUCGCUUUAACCGGAAGAAGAAGGGCAUGUAUCGCCGGGCCAUCCUGGAGGCAGCCAAGGCCGUGGGAUACAUGAGCCCCGAAAUCACUACACUGCUGUCCCACUGCGACACGUAG